AUGAGCACAUCGGCAAUGCGAAAUCAAACAAUCUCAUCAUCUCGAAAUCUUACGAAAAAGACAGUCCCAAGUUCUCGAUCAUCUUCGUCAACAGCUAAAAAGUCAUCUGAAUCUGGAUGGGAAUAUUGGACACGUGUCUAUUCAGAUGACACUCAAUCAUCUCAUGAUAUUCGUAUCUCUGAUAUUCUCAGUUCGAAUACUCUCACUCGGGCAAAACUUCUAUUUUUGAAUGUUCCAAAUCAUCGAUCAAUUCACAAGACGACAAUUAUGAAUUUAGUGAAAAAAGAGAUGAUUCAAAACGAUAUUUCAAUUCAAGAUGUCAUUUUUACUCCUCCUGGAAAAUGGUUUCUCAAUUUCUAUCGUCCAGAAGAUGCUCUGAAAGUAUUGAAAUAUUUCAAUGGAUUCUCUUUUCGUGGACAUAUUUUGGCCGUCAGAUUCUGUUAUCCAGAUGGAACGUUUGGAGAUGAAAACGCUCUUGCUGAAUUGGUCAAAUGCAGCAAUAAUGUGAAGGGAAAGCGCUUUGAACAAAAAGAAAUUGUACAAAAUACAAUUUCGCCCGAAUGUUGGUCCGUUUCAGAAUAUGAAGAGUUGAAGAAAUUCGAAACGGAAUUGAUGAAAAUUCUGAAAUCUCACUCGCAUCUACCGUUUCAAAAUGUGAUUCAAUCAAUGCGUACUCUGUUUUCAUUCAAUAUUCAAUCAUCCACAUCUUCUAUUCUUAUAAGUGAUGCAUUGUCUCAAUGGCCGAUUGGAUUCAUUCGAAUUUUCAAUCAAAAUGUAAAAGUGAUUUCUAAUGUGAUGUGUUUAUCAACUAGUCCAUUUUAUACUCAACGUAUUCAUGAUUCUGCUUUAGAAGGCCGUUUCCCAAUUCAUCGGAACUCCUGGGAACCAUUUAUUCCAAAUGAAAUUCGAAGCGACGCUCAACUAAUUCAAUAUUUUUAUUCAUUUCUCUGUCAUUUUGGACCACAGAAUAUUGAUAUUGAUAUUCCUAUCCGUAUUCUUACUCAAUCUCUACGUGGAACAUGGCCCAAAUCAACCUCAAGUCUUGCUUCCAAACUCAUUAAUAUUUCAUCUUCAUUCGUUAUCAUCAAUCGUGUUCUCUAUUUGUCAAAUGAUCGAAUUCAUCAUGAAAAAGUCAUUGAUAACAUCGCCACAUAUCAAGAUGAUUGUUCUGAUGAUUAUUCCCUCGAGUUGUCCUGUGAUUCGGAUGAUCAAAAAGUGAUGAUUGACGACUUCGACAAUCUCUAA